UCGGAAGAGGCGAAUGGACGCGUCGCGUUCAGGAUCGAGUCUGACGCGCCUUGCUCAACACGCGCAGCAACAGAGCUCGAGCACGCAGUGACAGUGACAGUGACAGGCAUGACAGGGGUUGGUUCCCGCUAUCCCCCUCGGUUUCAGCUCAUUGCCAUUCAUCAUCUUCACUACUACUCUUAUCCUUUCUCUAGCUCUCUCUGGCUCUCUCUUGCGCGAGAGAGCUCUUGCUCACUCCUCAAUCUCCUCGCGCUCUUCGGCCCCAUACAGACCAUGGCUGUCAUUGUCAUAACCACACUUGUCCACAUGUCCCACCGCGCAAUCCAUUCUCUGCGUCAGGCUAGUACUCUUCUUACCCCGUUUCCUUCGUGGCAUGCAAUCUCGCAGCGCCCACCAUGUCAUGCUCGGCGCUCCAUACGCUCCCCCCAAUCCCCCAUUCCGGCCAUUCAAACAGAUCGUGACACUAAUCGCAGGAUCGCAGGAUGACAAUUCGCAGGAUACCAGGACAUGGCGCAGAUAGCACGGCACGUACGGCACACGGAGGGCACACCGGCACCCCGGCACGCCGGCCACGGCGCGCGGCAUUCCCCACCCCCUCGGUUCCUCUCUUACGCAACUUGAACUCUGGUGUCAGCCGCAGCAACUGUUACAAGCAUGGCCAAGCACACUUUGCACACGAAUACGAUUCACAACCAGCCUCUUCAGCCUGCAGCCUGUCUGUGCCCGCUGUGCGAUGCAUGCGACGCCUA